ACAUGACAUUGUACCUCUCUUUUAUUCCAAACCAAAUCAGUUCUCCGUUGCUAAUUUACUCCCUUUGAACGUCAAAAGCACGCCCAAUUCCUUUGAAUCUAUUAAAUUCCUGUGAAUCUCGAAGGAAAGUUUCUUUAAAAGAUUGAUUAGCGAAUGCGCUGAAUUUCAAGAACCAUUCUUCUGGGUAUAUACAUUUUUGCUUUUUUUAUCUAUUAAUUGAAAAGCUCUAUUUUUCAUUGAUGUUCAGUUCACAAUAUUAUAUUUCAUUGGAAGCCAAAUGAAACUUAAAUACGCGUGCUUCCCACUAGAUACAGUAUAAUUAUAUUUUUCAGGAAGAAGACAGAGAUCCCAUUUAGUGCUUCAGUGCUUAUUUUAGAUCAUACCCACCAAACCCCAUUUUUAUUUUGGGUGGGUUAUCUUUCCUGGUUUCAGUUACCCAUCUUCCUCCCUCCUCAAGCUGCUGUGAACAGGUCCUCUUUUCCUCUCUUUCUGUAAGCAUUCUGAAACGAGUUAUUCAGUUAGAGCUGUUUUACUGUGACAAGUAACUCACACAUAUAAGAAAAUCAUAGCAUGCAUCUUCUGCAAGCUUACUACUCAGAGUAUUAUUAUUCUACUUCUUCCUCUUCUUUGGGGUUUUGAACGAUUGCGUAAUCCAUGUUCUUCAGUUUUUUUCUUCUUUUUAUGUGCAUGAUAAAAUGAUGGAGCAUUUUUGGUGAAGGCUAGUUGAAGGGAUUGAGCUCUCUCUUCCUCUGCUUUUCUUCUCGUUGUGCGUAAGUUGAAGACAACAUACGAAGCAUUGAAUAGCAUAUUCUCCUUCAUAUAUGAGGUGUUUUAAUAUCUGAUGUGACCACCUAAAAUUUUGAGUUUUUUCUCGGAAUAGGAGGGAAGAAGGUUAAAUCCUCUAGGAACUGCAUAUUCUUCAUCAUAUAGCCCCUCAUCAAUGGCGAGCCCUGAUUUUGAAGAUGGUUUCUCAGCUCAAAAGCUCUUCAACCAAGGGACAAGCUAUACAUAUGACGACGUGAUCCUCCACCCUUACUUCAUAGAUUUCCCUUCUGAAGCAGUCAACCUAACUACCCACCUUUCCAAAAAUAUCACUCUUUCGACUCCUUGCAUUUCCUCUCCUAUGGACACUAUAACCGAGUCUUCCAUGGCUGCUACAAUGGCUGCCCUAGGUGGUAUUGGCAUUGUCCAUUGCAACAACAAGCCUUCUGAACAGGCCUCCAUUAUUCAAAAGGCCAAAUCUGUUUGCAUUGGUUUCACUCAUGACCCGCUAUGUCUCUCCCCUUCUGACACUCUUCGAACCUUGACUGAGGACUCCUCACCCUCCCCAUAUGCCCUAAUCACAGAGUCAGGAACCCUAAAUUCUAAGCUCUUGGGUAUCCUCACUGAGAGAGACUUCUUCUCUGUCAAUGAUCUCGAAACCCAAGUGAAAGACGUGAUGACUAAGGUUCCCAUCUGCACUAGUUCUAAGCUAUCCUUUGAUGAGGCAGCUGCGUUUUUGAUAUCACAAAAGCUUAAGUAUCUUCCCAUUGUUUCGGAUGACGAGUUACUCGUUGAUUUGUUGACGAGGGAAGAUGUGAAGAGAAUGAGGGGUUUCCCACCUUCGAGUGUGGCUUCUUCCAUUGGAGAAGAUGGGAAGGUACUUGUAGGGGUGGCGAUUGGGACUAGAGAGUCAGAUAAGGAGAGGUUGGAGCAUGUUGUUAAGGCUGGGGCUAAUGUUGUUGUUUUGGAUAGCUCGCAAGGGGACUCAAUUUAUCAAAGGGAGAUGAUUGGGUAUAUUAAGAGAACUUAUCAGGGAUUGGAUGUGAUUGCAGGGAAUGUGGUGACAGCAUACCAGGCACAAAAUUUGAUAAAGGCUGGUGCCGAUGGAUUGCGAGUUGGGAUGGGGUCGGGGUCUAUUUGCACUACCCAGGAGGUUUGUGCAGUUGGUAGAGGGCAGGCGACAGCAGUUUACAAGGUUGCAUCCGUUGCUAAGGACUAUGGCAUUCCUGUCAUUGCUGAUGGUGGGAUAGCAAAUUCAGGACAUAUAGUGAAAGCUCUGGCUUUGGGGGCAUCAACUGUUAUGAUGGGGAGUUUUUUGGCGGGCACAGAAGAGGCUCCCGGUAGCUACUUCUAUCAGAAUGGACGUCGGCUUAAAAAUUACCGGGGCAUGGGUUCCCUUGAUGCCAUGUUAAAAGGGAGUGAUGCUCGAUACCUGGGUGACAAGUCAAAGCUAAAGAUUGCACAAGGAGUCUCAGGAGCUGUGCAUGAUAAGGGCUCUAUUUUGAAAAUUAUUCCAUACACCAUGCAAGCUGUUAGGCAAGGGUUCCAAGACCUUGGUGUUUCAAGCAUACAGUCUGCUCAUGACCGUUGCAGAUCAGGGGCUCUAAAGUUUGAGGUUCGUACAGGAGCUGCACAGGUCGAAGGUGGGAUACAUGAUCUGGUCAUGUACGAGAAGAAAACCUUUUGAUUGUUUGAUGCCUUUACACAAAGGGUAGCCCCAUUUGGCUCUCCAAGUGCCAUAUUUUGUUUACUCUCAUGUUGUGAAGACUUGGAUGUACAACAGAGCAAUUUUGUUGAUUCAACAAACCAACAAAAAAAAACUGAAAAAGCAAUUUUGAUCUAGGCAAAAAUCCAAAGAUCUUUUAUAAAA